AUGUCGUGGCUCUUCAACCGGUCGCGCAAUGCAAGCGGUGCAAUCAGAGAGAGCUCGGAGGAAGACGACGGACCACCUGCCACGGGAACGGUCGCAGAAGUUGUCCUGCCCGAGACUUCAUCGACCCUAAUCGAGACAAUCCAUCCUUCAAGUCUGUGCACGGGACGAAAACGAGCACUCUCAGUUGCAUCGAUCUCCUCCUCAAGCGAGCAAGGCGAGGCUCCUGAGCAGGACUCCGAAUUGAUCAUGGUGAAGAAGGAAGACCCGUACGGCAUCAGUGAUCCUGAAGACGAAGAGGAUGACGGCGAUGACGACACCUCCACCUCGAUUUCCGAGGAGGAAGACAGCGGCGACAACUACGAGGAUGAGGACCGGAGCCCUUCUGGUAAAGCUUCCCGGAAGAAGAGCCGCAAGAGAGCUUCGAAGUUGGCGGCUGGCUCGUCAGCGUUCGUCAAGCACGAGGGCGUCAAGACCACGACUAGGCCAGAGAAAGGAUCGUACCUCUGGCAACGCUGGACCAGCGAGGAGGAUGCGCAUCAAGCACUCAAGAACUGGGCGUUGCAGAAAGGCUUCCGAGUGAACGUGUGUCGCAACAAAACAAAGUCGGCGCCGUACUUGAGAUGCCCUUGCAGCAAGACGUCAACAAAUUGUCCGUUCAGCGCCAAGUUCGAGUAUCGUAAGGCGGAUUCGACGUACAAGUUGUGGAUCCUCAAAGAAUUUCACAACCAUAAACUUAUGGGUCCGAUCUCGUCUUCGGCUGGUCGCAAUGGUGCAUUCACAGAAGCAACGCCGCCCCCACCAUUUGCCUUUCCGCCGAGUCCUGGACCAUCCAACGCCUCCUUCCCGGUGCGAUAUCACGACUUUCCCGAGAUGUCCAAUAAUCGUCCAACUGCCAGCCCCUCUGUCAUCAAGCGGGAUCGAGACUUUUCCGUCGGUCAAUCAGCCUUCACUGGGUUGGGCAGUCACGACUCCCCUCUCUUUCUCGACGAUGACGUCUGGGAUCAAGGUCAGCAAGGGUCGACAUCGUUUCUCGAUGUGAUGAGCUCAUUGGCCAGCUUUCCUUAUCAAGAUCUUUCCAAGGCAGUGGAUCGACUCACGGCAGAAGAGCGACUGCAACUGUUCGUGCGCACAAAGAAGCUCAACGAGCUGCUGGAAAGGAGUGGCCUUUGA